AUGCGGCUUUUGAAAUGUUGGGAAAUUUCAGAUAAGCGAUUGAGGGAGGUUUUGAAGAAGCUUCCAUCGUUGGAGGAGUUUGAAAUUUCAUUCAGCCACCUGUUACCGACUAAGGACAAAUGUUGGACUUACAUCGUUGGACUUUUGGACAAAUGUUGUGUACAUUUGAAAGUGCUGAAAUUUAACAUGAAGGAACAGAAAAGCUCAAAUAUGAUGGUGAGGCAUUUGCUAUUGCAAAAACCAUGCCUCAACUAUGUCAUUUCCAACUUUUGGGAAACAGGCUCAUCAAUGAAUAAUGAAGGCUUGCUUUCCAUUCUUGACGGAUGUCCUCAUCUUGAAUCUCUUGAUCUGCAUGCUCGUUCUAAUGUUGACUUGAGCCGAAGUUUGAAGGAAAGGUGUUGA